AUGGAGCCACAUGCAAAGAUUUGUGCUCAUGAAGGUCAAGACCUGGAAGAUGCAACAAUGUACCGACAGUUGGUGGGUAGUCUCAUCUACUUAACCUUAACAAGACCAGAUAUCUCUUUUGCAGUUGGUGUGAUGAGUCGUUAUAUGCAAAACCCGAAGAAGUCUCAUUUGGAGGCGGUUCGUAGAAUUCUCAUAUACGUGAAAAGUACACUCGGUUAUUGUAUUAUGUUCAAGAAAGGUGGAGAUUGCAGACUAGUGGGCUACUGUGAUGCUGAUUAUGCAGGUGACCACGAUACCCGACGUUCAACUGCAGGUUAUGUGUUUUUGUUAGCGUCUGGAGCAAUCUCUUGGUGCAGCAAAAGACAGCCAACUGUGUCUUUAUCAACUACCGAGGCCGAGUACCGGGCAGCAGCUAUGGCAGCUCAAGAGAUCACUUGGAUCAUGCUACUAUUAAAAGAGCUGCAUCAAACAACCGAGUAUGGUGUUCCACUGUACUGUGACAACUUAUCGGCAAUACGAUUGGCUGAAAAUCCAAUUUUUCAUGCAAGAACUAAGCAUGUGGAAGUUCAUUAUCAUUUCAUCAGGGAGAAAGUUCCGCAAGAAGAAAUUAAGUUGGAGCAUGUUGGAACAGGAAGUCAAGUUGCAGAUUUGUUUACAAAAAGCUUGGAUGGCGUCAAGUUGAAAAGCUUCAGUGAGCAUCUUGGCUUGAUGGGCAGAGUUGGUGUUGAAGGGGAGUGUUAA